AUGGAGCGCAGGUUCUCGGAUUGGCGCCACCGGAAAAGUCAAGCAGGAUCAAAGGAUGGCGCUCCCUUGGCAAGUCCUGACAUCCAUGCAGAAGACGAGCCCUGGUUCGAGCAGUUCGAAAAGCUCCUCAACAACAAACAAAAUCCACAGAGCCCGCAAGGUCGCGAGCAAGGAGAGGUUGCUUCCAACUCAACUCCAUCAUGCUCUGACCCUCGACGAGAGCAAAGCCAGGACGCUGCAGAGCUGGGACUAACUGCGCCGUUGGCCAAAAAGCGAAAGUCUUCUGACUCAAUCUCGUCAAGCUCGGACUCGAUCUCGUCGAGCUCAUCUCUGCAGGAUGAUCAUUCAGACACAUCUUUUGAAGCUCUGAUGGAGGCUUCGGACCGUCGCAUAAGAGCACUCGAGCUGCAGUGUAAGCAGGCAAGGCAGAGGCAACUCGCUUUGAUACCGAGGUUGUUCCGAGAAAUGGACGACAUGUAUGAUGACGUGGAAGAACACUUGCUUGACUCCAUGAAGGUCAUGCUUUUGCAAAACCUGCUGCAGAGCAUCUAG